CCUGAAAAGCAUAAAGAAGCCAGCUUUUUAAUGGGCACAAAGGAGAUUGAAUUUGGGGUUAGGGUUUUGUUUGUGAGAUAAAAAAAGAACAAAAAUGGAGGGUUGGGACCCGAACACGAAGUCGACGCUAACCCAGAUCCCACUGUUGACGACGAAGGCCGGGCCGAGAGAUGGGGCGGCAUGGACGCAGAGGCUGAAGGAGGAGUACAAGGCUUUGAUCGCCUACACCCAGAUGAACAAGUCCAACGAUAACGAUUGGUUCCGAAUCUCCGCGGCCAAUCCCGAGGGGACACGUUGGACCGGCAAGUGCUGGUACGUCCACAACCUCCUCAAGUACGAGUUCGAUCUCCAGUUCGAUAUCCCUGUUACCUACCCAGCCACCGCACCUGAGCUCGAGCUCCCUGAGCUCGACGGCAAGACCCAAAAGAUGUAUAGAGGGGGGAAGAUCUGCUUGACAGUGCAUUUCAAGCCGCUUUGGGCCAAGAACUGUCCGAGGUUUGGUAUAGCACAUGCACUAUGUUUGGGUCUUGCACCAUGGCUUGCAGCAGAGAUUCCCAUUCUUGUGGAUUCUGGUAUGGUUAAGCACAAAGAUGAUGCUGCAUCAUCAACUGAAUCUUAGUUCAAUGUAAUAUUGACGCUGUAAGAGUAAACCUCGAUGACGGAAAAUAAGUGUCGAGCCAUAAGUAGCAAUUUACCGGAACCGAGGCAUAUAUUUUAUCUGCAGAGAAAUACAUUUUUGAGAUCAAAUACAUACUCUUGAAGCCAUUUUCAUUUUUAGCUUUGAAAUGCAUACAUGUACAUUGUAAGAUAUGAAUUCAGACCCCCUUUUUUUUCA